GGACCCCACCAAUUCUGCUGUCGGCACAGGGGUUACGAUUGCCUCCCACUCCCAUCCGUUCGCGGUUCAUAGCAUGAGCCAUGGUCCCGUCAUUCAGGAGGGAUGGGUUCUGAAGAAGCGGCGAAAGCGGAUGCAAGGCUUUGCGCGCCGAUACUUCGUGCUAUACCAGUCCGGGCUGCUAUGUUACUCUUUUGAACCUGGAAAGCCCAUACGAGAUCAGAUCCCGUUACACACCGCUGCUAUCUCCAGCACCCCGGGAAGGAAGGACAUCACCAUCGACUCCAGUAGGGCUACGUUCCAUAUCAAGUGCUUGACCACUGAGGACUUCACGAAAUGGAUGACUGCGUUCAGGAAGUUCAUAUCGACCGACGACCGAACCGUCGGCAGAAGGUCCUCCGUCGCUAGGAAUCUUCCGUUCCUAGGAUACAUUACCAAAGCUGGAGUUGUCGCUGAGGAAAUGGGCACUACGAUCGAGGAGUUAGAGGAUGCCUUCUUCGCCUGGAGUCAGGAGCACUCAACUAGACGUCGGCCAAGUUCGUCCAGAGGGAAGGGUGAUCAGACGAAACAAAACCACUCGAAGGACAUGUUCGGACUGUUCAAGAAAUCUAACCAUCACCAUGACUCCCCAUCUGAAAACGAAAUUUCACCGUCCUCGUCGGGCCAGUCCACGCACUCCCCGGAGCAGCGGAUCCAAGCGGCGAUAAUAACCCUGAAGUCUCAACAUACGACCCUCGUCAAGUCCAUCUCCUCGCUCACCAACACUUCCGAGGGACCCAGCACAGCCACUCUACGCUCAUCUCCCCUCCCUUCCACCCGCGAGGAAGACGCGGGCGAAGCAGCGCCUACCCCGACGCGGAGCGGUGCUCGCACACCUUGGACUGGGAGCGUGAAGCGAGCGAGCAUAGCGGAUACUGCGAGCGACGGAACCGGUAGCGUAUGGUUUGACGCACCCGAGGCGGAGACUGAAGGUGCCGAGGAAUACAUCGUGGAGCAUGAUUCGACGCCGCUGGAUGAGAACGGAGGGGGCAGCAAGAUGUCCAGUACGACGAGCCAGACGAGUAGUAGUGUGCAGGACACGGAGGACGAUGAGAGCGAGACGGAUUCCGAAGAUGAGGUAGAUGCUGCGGAGUGGGCUAGUGCCGCGCAUGGUAUGAAUGGAGAGGCUGAGACGACCGGGUCUAAGGAGAUUGUGCGGAGGACGCAGCUUCCAUCGCCUCCUGUUGGUGACGAAGGGAGCUUAUUUGCGGUACUGAAGAAGAAUGUUGGCAAGGACCUAUCUAGCGUUGCACUUCCGGUAACCUUCAAUGAACCGCUGACGCUCCUCCAGAGAGCAGCAGAGGAGAUGGAGUAUUACGAUCUUCUUCGGCAAGCUGCGGAAUCUUCAGAUCCGGUCGAACGGAUGUGCUUUGUCGCAGCCUUUGCUGUGUCCGGCUACGCUCAUACGAGAUACAGGACCGGUCGGAAAGGUUUCAAUCCUAUGCUUGCCGAGACGUUCGAGGAUUCUCGUAUGAAGUUCAUUGCGGAGAAGGUCUCCCACCAGCCUGUUGUCAUGGCCUAUCAUGCUGAGGGCGCUACGUGGCGAUUAGACGCGACGUCCGCCGGGAAAACGAAGUUCUGGGGCAAAAGCCUCGAGAUUAUCCCGCUGGGAACCACUCAUGUGCAAAUUGGGGAGGAUCAUUUUCAAUGGAACAAGCCUUCGUCUUUCAUGCGCAACCUGAUGAUGGGAACGAAGUAUCUAGAGCAUUGCGGUAAAAUGGUGGUUGAAAACACAAGGACCAAAGCAAAAUGCGUGCUUGAGUUCAAGGAAGCCGGAUACUGGGGCACUUCCAAUCAAGUUGCGGGCACCGUGUUCUCGCCAGAUGGGAAAGCAGAGACGCACCUUGAAGGCAAAUGGGACGACAGCAUAGUACAGAAGAUGGACGCGUCGCACCUGCGUAUACUGUGGAGGAUAGCCCCGUUCCCCAAGAAUGCUCCAGAGUAUUACGGCUUCACGUACUUUGGAAUUACCCUCAACGAGAUUACACCGGACUUGGAGGGGAAGCUCCCGCCUACCGACUCUCGUUUUCGAACGGACGUUAGGGCGCUUGAGGAAGGGAACAUGGAGAGAGCAGAGGCUGAGAAGCUGCGGAUUGAGGAGAGACAAAGAGAGAGACGGAGGGCGGGUAAGGAACGAAGGCCGAGAUGGUUUAAACAGGUGGGCGAUGAGUGGGUUUAUGCAGGUGGAUAUUGGGAAGAACGCUCGCGAGGAUGGAAGGACGUUGAUCCCCUUUGGUGAUGAGCAUCUCCAGACUAUGCAUCUCGGAAUCACUGGCGUUGGAUUACCUUAUGCUAUCUCGUAAUUUCUACUUAUUCCGCUUAAUACCCUUCGUUGUGCCGCUCCUUAGACCCCCCACUUACUUUCCGCUACUAUAUGACACUCUUUCAGCGAGUCGUGUAAUGCCAGCAAUGUUGACACGCU